AUGAAGACCUCUUUUGCCGCACUUGCUAUCGCACUCUCUGGUUCUGCCAUGGGCGCCCCGGUCUUAAACGGCACCCGCAUCGCAUCCACUUCUUCCCCGGCGUCGACUCCUGCGCAUCUGUCGACUGACCCUCCUCUACCCAACCCCUUCGCUUCCAUCACCAAGUCACUUUCUUCUGCCACUCCGUCCUCUGGAACCUUGCCUUUCUCUUCGGCACUUUCCCCCACUGGAAGUGCUGCCAAGCGCGGGGAGGCACUUUCCAUUCCUACGGACCUCCCGUCCCUGGUAUCUGACGCUCAGUCUGUGGCUGCAGCUCUUGCUUCUGCUGGCGCAGGGGCUCAGAAGCGUGGAGAAUCUCUCUCCAUCCCCACCGAUCUGCCUUCGCUAGUCUCUGAUGCUCAGUCCGCCGCCGCUGCGCUGGCCUCAGCUGGUACAAAGAAGCGUGGCGAGGCUCUCUCUAUCCCCACCGAUCUGCCCUCGCUGGUAUCCGAUGCCCAGUCUGUUGCUGCUGCGCUAGCCUCAGCUGGUGCCCAGAAACGUGGCGAAGCCCUCUCUAUCCCCACUGAUCUACCCUCGCUCGUCUCCGAUGCCAAGUCUGUUGCUGCUGCGCUAGCCUCAGCUGGUGGCCAGAAGCGCGCUGAGCAGACCAUCCCGAUCCUCACCCCCACAGGUCUACCCGCUUCUUCUAGCACUCUGUAUACCCGCCCCGCAUCCUCUACAGUCGGAUCCUCUUCCGGUGCCGUCUUUUCUUCUGUCGCCUCCUCCACGGGUACUCCUUCCCACACCAAGGCGCUUUCUUUCAGUGCCACCCCCUCAUCGGGUCGUCCUAGUCCAACCUCUAUCGGUAGCUCCCUUUUCAGUCUCCUGGCUUAG